AACUUUUCUCAUAAACUAAAAUGUUUAAUAUUUAAAGUAAUGAGCAAGUGUAAGAAGAAAUCCUUUCAAAGAUAAGUCAACUUUAAUUAAUCGAAACUGAUGAUGACAAUUCUAGGCAAGGCAGCCCUGCUUUGGACUCAAGACUCUUGGAAGUAAUUCGAGAGUUACCGCAACAUUUAAAAUACAAGUUGGACAGUUUAAUUCCUAAAACAAAUUAUCAACUGAUUAAACAAAAUGAUGAUAGCAUUUAUUAUGGAAUAAUGGAGAAUUUAUAAAAAUAGGGAGAAGGAAUUUAAAUAUGGCCGAAAGCAGGAAAUUUAUUAGAAGGAUAAUGGGAAAAUGAUUAAUUAGAGGGAUAUUGUAGAAUGAAUUAUGCAAAUGGAGACAGUUUUGAAUGUUAAUUUACAUAGGGGAAAACUAAUGGGUAUGGAAUAUUUAAAUCGUAAAAGAAAAUAGUUAAAGGACUUUGGAUUGAUAAUACAAUAUAGGGGGAAGGUUAAGAAAUCAAAAGUGAUGGAACAAAAUAUUUUGGUUAAUUUUAAAAUGGUAAAAAAGAGGGCAGAGGAAUCCUAAUUUUAAAUGAUGGCUGCAAAUAUGAAGGUUAAUUCAAAAACAAUUUCUUUCAUGGGGAAGGAACCUUUUUAUGGAAUGAUGGCUCAUAUUACACGGGAACAUUUACAAAAGGAUAAAUUUUAGGAUUUGGCUAGUAUCUGAAUGGCAAUGGCAUUCAAAUGAUUGGGCAUUUUACAGAAUUGAAACAGCCGAGAGAAAGUUAAAAAGAAAAGAAUCAGCAUUUAUAAACUAUAGUUUUUGUUAAUUAGUACAACUAAUCUUUAAUGAUUGAAAAAAUUCGUGCUCUCUGA